ACAGUGUGACACCAGCGGUAAACAAUAAAGGUGCGAUUAGCGUUUAGCUUUAAAGAGAUGUGGAAUUAGCUUAAAGACGGUGUUGUAGUUUUUAAUUAGUAAUAAAGCAACAAUGUCUUCAGAGUAUCUGAGAGAGUUUGUUAAUGAGAGACUAACUGCUGCUGCUCAAGAAAUAUUCGGAGUUUUUCAGAAAACCAUCGUCGAGUAUGAAGAAGAGCUCGACCGUCAGAGGAGGCUGUUGGAUGUCGUUUGGAAACCUGAAAUAAGGCUACACAGGAUAGGUGUGCACAACUUUAAAGAGCUCCCACAGCAACAUGUCUGUAAGGAGGGGGAGGUUCUCUCUGAGCAGCAGCUCUGUAUUCAGGAGAAGAACUCCAGUGUGGACCAAGAGGAGCCAGAGCCUCCACAGAUUAAAGAGGAAGAGGAGGAACUCUGCACCAGUCAGGAGGGAGAGCAGCUUGUACUGAAGCAGGAGACUGAUGCCUCCAUGUUGACUCUUACUCAUGAGGAAAGAGACCACAGUGAAGAUCAGACUCUCAACUUCAGUCCUUAUGACACUUUAAGUGCAGCAGAGGAGGAGUUUGAGGUCAACACACCAGUUAUAAGCCCCGUGGUAUCAGAAGCGUACACUUACCACCAGCUCCUCUCUCACAACUCUCCUGAAGCUGAGAGCCAAGAUCAGAGAGGAGACAAACAUGGAGACUGUGGAUCAACUAGCAACGCAGAACCAAAACCAAAGAAAAUAAAUCACAAAAGCAAAAGUCACAAUCACACUGUAAAAGACUCAAACGUGUCAAAGAUACCUUGUAUUACUCAAACCAGUAAGAUAAUUUUUCAAUGUGACACUUGUUGGAAAAUCUUUAAGUCUAAACAAGCUUUGCAGAGACACCAGAUGAUACACACAGGCGAGAAGCCGUACCUUUGCAACACCUGUGGGAAAAGAUUCAGUCGAUCAUACGAUUUAAGUUCUCAUUUAAGAACCCACACGGGUGAGAAGCCAUAUUCUUGCAAAGUAUGUGGAAAAGAUUUCAGACGUAGUAGUGGCUUGACAGAACACAUGAGAAAGCACCACAAUGCAAAGCCAAAACCUGAUGACACAAAUAAGGAGUCUGUAGUGAACAUGCCAGUUAUAAGCUCUGUGGUAUCAGAGGCUAACAGUGACCACCAGCUCCUCUCUCACAACUCUCCUGAAGCUGAGAGCCAAGAUCAGAGAGGAGACAAACAUGGAGACUCGGGAGCAACUAGAAAUGCAGAACCAAACCCAGAGAGAGCGCAUCAGGAAAGCAGAAGUCAAAGCAACAAUGAUAAUAACUCCAAUAUGUCAGAGAUUCCCGAUGAUGCAAACCCAUUUGAGACAGUUUUCCAAUGUGACGUUUGUGGAAAAACUUUCAAUUUCAAGUCUCAAUUGAAAACGCACCGGAGGAGCCACACAGGUGAGAAGCCGUAUUGUUGCAACACAUGUGGAAGAACCUUCGCAUAUAUGUGUCACCUGAAUGUGCACAUGAGAAGACACACAGGCGAGAAGCCGUUUCCUUGCAAAACAUGUGGAAGAACCUUCGGAUAUAAAGGUCACCUGAAUGUGCACAUGAGAAGACACACAGGCGAGAAGCCGUAUACAUGCAGAGUGUGUGGGAGAGCUUUCAGACACGGCGACGGCUUGACGGCCCACAUGAGAAGAGCCCACACCGGUGAGAAGCCGUACCUUUGCAACACCUGUGGGAAAAGAUUCUGUCAAGCAACAGAACUGAAAGCUCAUACAAACGUCCACACUGAUGAGAAGCCAUUUUCUUGCAAAACAUGCGGAAAAGGUUUCGGGCGUAACUUUGACUUGAUGGUCCACAUGAGAACACACACGGGUGAGAGGCCGUACUCUUGCACAACAUGUGGAAAGGGUUUCAUCCGUAAAAAUGAGUUGAUGUACCACGUGAGAAUACACACAGGUGAGAAGCCGUACGUCUGCAGAACGUGUGGGAAAGAUUUCGGGCGUAGUGGCGCCUUGUUGUCCCACAUUAAAAUUCACACAGGUGAGAAGCCGUUCACUUGUGAAGUGUGUGGAAAAGAUUUCAGGCGUAAAAGUGACGUGACGGUCCACAUGAGAAUACACAAGAGGCCGAGUGUGAAGCCGUACCUCUGCAAGAUCUGCGGGAGAAGAUGCUUUAACGUGUCCGAGUUGGCAAAGCAUGUAACGUCGCAUGCAACCAAGUAGUCUUGAAUAUCAUCCAAAAUAUGUGGGAGGCGGUUCAGUUUGAUAGUCCAGCGACCUGUCCAGGGUGUACCCCGCCUCUCGUCCAGUGUCAGCUGGGAUACUCUCCAUCCUCCUGUGACUCCCAACAGGAGAAGUGGUUAAAGGCUUGUACAAAAACUCACAGAAGUGAACAGCCACUUAAUUGGAAGGAGUUACUCAAACCAUGUUCUUGAAAAACACCCGAGGAUCAACAUACACAAGAGAAACCACUGGGCGAAAACUCUCCUGACGACAUAUUCACCAACUGAAUAAAAUAAACCUUUGCAACAGCUCUACUUCUGAAAGUGAAUGUAUAUUUUAAUUCCAUUUUGGAAGAGGUCACAAUAUAUUGAAAGAAGUAAAUUAACUCAUCAUAACAAACUCAUAUUUUUCCCUUUGUAUUAUUGUUAGCAUUACCGUAAAACUUCAGUUUAUAGCCCGGGUUAUUAUUUGCUUAUUUGCUGACCUCAGCAGGCCUAUAUUUGGGACAGGCCUUUAACUCCUGUCACACAAAACUGUUGCUCAUCAAAGAUGGGAUAUACAGUAUGAAUAUUAAUUGUAUAAAUUUUAGGCUUUGAAGAACGUAUCAGCUAACAACAUGUAGCAUCUCCAUAUUGACAAAAGUUCAAACAUUUAUAUUUGUACGUGCAGUCGAAGCACCUAACUAACGUUAGCUCAAGUGGGUAUCCAACCACCUGCUUUAUACGUCCAGAGAACGUCUAUAAAAAUGAACUUGGCAACCAGACCUGGGGUCUCAAUUAUAAACACACACAAAACGAGGCCUGAAAGAAGCAUACGCCACUUCCCGCGCAAAAGUUGUGAUUCAUAAAAACAGACUUAAUGGGAGAAACGUUGAAAUUGGGGACGUAGAUGGUGAGGUGGAAGCCUGAUUGUAGAUAUUGUCAGAGGCUUUUGUCCGUAGGGGAGACCGGGGUAAGAUAAGCCAUUUUUUAUAUUCAGGAUCACUACAUCAAGGCUAUUAUAGUUUUGUUGCUAACUAAUAUAUGUGCAUAAGAUAUUCCAGUUAUACGUACAUGUCUGUACUGAAUUAAAUAAGACGCUUCUUCAAAUCCAUGUGUAUUUUUAUUUAUAAUACACAAUUCAACAGGUACAAAUCUUUUUUUAAAUUAUAAUUGCAUAUAACAACUUCAAAACAUUUUAACAUAGGCCUGAGAAUGCCUUAAAGUGCGCUUAGCAAGAGAACCUUAACAGCUGUGUUUUUGGAAAGAAAACACUGAACUAAAUCCGUAAACGUGAAUCCUAGUUUGGUGUCCUUGCUGACAGGAGGGCCUCCUUCAUCCUCUCUAAACUCCUCCCUCCAUCUUACUCUCGUUCCAUCCACCCCCCUCCCUCCUUCCAUCCAUACCCCACCUGUCCCUUUACUCAAUAUCCCACCUGUCCAGGUUGCAGGGGAAUACAAACUGCUGGGACUCUGAGGUUUGGGGAGUUUUGCGAUUACAUCACUUCUUGGGAAGAAUCCCUCAUCUUUCUCCUUGAAAGUAAAGCUUGGUUUACCAUAUCCAGCUUUGCCUCUUCUCAGAAACUUACGGCUCAACUUACCCCAUAGCUACCAUAUUGACUUUAUUAGCCUCCACAGCUAAAAUGGUGCACUUUCAUGCUAGCUGUACUACCUCAUUUUGUAGUUAAUAGAUACCACAAUUGAUGUAUAAAACAAAUGAAAAAUGAUCUAUUUUGGUCUAAACACAAUCCCCAUGAAACUUAUGAGAGACUAAAUUCA